AUGGAGCAAUUCCGGCAGGUUGGCGAAGUUCUCGGAGGUUUAAAGGCAUUGAUGGUAUUCCAGCAGAAUAUUCAGAUCAAUCAAAGGCAAUGCUGUUUUCUCCUUGAUAUUCUUACCUUGGCUUAUGAGACAAUUGCUGAUGAAAUGAGAAUCAACUUAAAAUUUGAAGAAAAGAACAGAAAUUGGAGAGUUCUAGAACAACCCUUGCAGGAGCUCCACAAGAUAUUCCAGGAAACUGAGACAUACGUUCGAAACUGCUUCGAAAACAAGGAUUGGUGGGCCAAAGCCAUAAUUUUGUACCAAAAUCGAGAUUGUGUCGAAUUCCAUAUUCAUAACCUGUUUUCCUGCAUUCCGAUUGUGAUUGAAGCAAUUGAAACUGCAGCUCAGUUAUCCAGUGGGGAUGAGGAUCAAAUCAAUAAAAGGAGACUCGUGUGGUCAAGGAAAUACCAGAAUGAAUGGGUUGACCAGAAACUCUUCCAAUGGAAAUUCGGGAAACAAUAUUUGAUUACAGCAGAAAUAUGUAAUCGGACUGAUGAAAUAUGGAAAGAAGAUCGAUGGAUUUUACUAGAUAAAAUCCGGGGAAAAAGAAUACCUGGAUCAACAAAGUAUGAUCAACAAUUAAUGAAUCUUCUUUUGAAGAACUUGGAUGAGGCAGGGUUCUUGAAUGAAAAGCUUUUACCAAGCUCAGUCUUGCAAACUUCAAAAGACUACCAAGUUAGAAAGAGGCUGGAGAAUGGAGGGGAAUACAAAGAAAUCUCCUGGUUAGGCGAAACCUUUGUUCUUCGACACAUCAAAGGGGAUAUUGAGUCUUUGAUUCCCGAGAUAUCUCAACUAUUAUCCCUUUCCCACCCAAAUAUACUACAGUUUCUUUGUGGUUUCGUGGAUGAUGAAAAGAAAGAGUGUUUCUUGGUUACAGAGCAAAUGAGCAGGAAUCUCGGGAUCCAUGUUAAGGAAUUUUAUAACCCGAGGAAGCGACUUCCACUUUCGCUUCCUGUUGCAGUUGAUGUAAUGCUUCAGAUUGCAAGAGGGAUGGAGUAUCUUCACUCGAAGAAAAUAUAUCAUGGGGAUUUGAAACCGUCAAACAUUCUUACUAAACCAAGAAACAAUUCUUCAGAGGGGUUUGUUCAUGUUAAGGUUACAAGAUUUGGGUUAUCAACACUGACGAGCAAGAAUCAAAACCUAAGUGAAGAAGUUUCAUACAUCUGGCAUUCCCCAGAAGUAUUAACGGAGCAAGAGGAGUUAAAAGGUGUACCAGAGGCAAAGUACACAGAAAAAUCUGAUGUGUAUAGCUUUGGUAUGAUAUGUUUUGAGCUUCUGACAGGAAAAGUCCCUUUUGAAGAUGCACAUCUUCAAGGAGACAAGAUGAGCAGAAACAUUAGGGCCGGGGAAAGGCCACUUUUCCCGCAUCAUUGCCCGAAAUAUGUAACAAACUUAACUAGAAGAUGUUGGCAUUCUGACCCGGAUCAACGUCCCACUUUCCCGUCCAUUUGCCGGAUACUCCGGUAUAUAAAACGGUUUCUUAUGAUGAACCCAGAGUACAGCCACCCAAAUAAUCCUGUUCCUCUCGUUGAUUACUGUGAUAUCGAGUCAGGGUUUCUAAAGAGAUUUCCUUCUUGGAUAAACAGCGAACCAUAUCCUCCUGUUUCAGAAAUCCCAUUUCAGAUAUUUGCAUAUCGAGUCAUGGAAAGGGAAAAAUGUAUAUCAUACAUCAAAGAUACCUCAGAAUCUGGCAGUGAAGUAGCUUAUACGUCUGGAGAUGAGCACAUGACGACAGCAAAUGAGACUCUUAUAUCCGUCGUGGAAAAGAAGAAUCCAAAACCUGAUGAGUAUACGAAAAGGAGGCUUUCAUUAAAUAAUAGAUCACUUGAUGCAAGAGCAAAUAAAUAUCCAGGUAUGCAUACACCAAUUUACAAUAUGUUAAUAGUGGUGUAACUAUAAUCACUCAUAUUUCUUUGAAGAAAUACAAAAGAAUAGUGUCAUCUGAAGGUGGUGAAUGGGUUAGUUGGACCGGGUCAGUUUGGUUUUAGAUCAUAUUGGGGUCUAUCGUCAAUUAACAUAUCAACCAAACAAUAUUAGCCAAAUGCUUCUACCGGGUCCGGUUGGUUCAGGUCAUAUUGAUGUUGGGUUCAUCCACUAGAUUGGAGAUUUUGUUGUGUAUAUAAACUAAUGAUAGCACUUCUGUGACAGUAGAACCUUAAAAUUUUCUGUUGGCAUCAUGGAAAGAAAAGUAAAAA